ACAACUCGAACUUUCGCAGACACAAACCAUGGCGCACGGCGGCGAUGCCGCGGCUCCACUCCUCGCCUCAUCGGCCAAGCCGCCCGGCGGCGAUGAGCCCCGCCGGAACAUGUACGCCUUCGGCUGCGCCACGCUCGCCUCCAUGACCACCGUCCUCAUGGGCUACAAUCUCGCGCUGAUGAGCGGCGCGCAGCUGUUCAUCCGGGAGGACAUCGGGCUCACCGACGCACAGAUCGAGGUGCUCGCCGGGUCGAUGAACGUGUACAUGCUGGUAUCCAUCCUCGCCGCCGGCUGGGCUGCCGACCUGCUCGGCCGCCGCGGCACGCUCGUGCUGGCGAACGCGUUCCUCAUGGCCGGCGCGCUCGCCAUGUCGCUCGGCGCGAGCUACGCCGCGCUCAUGGCGGAGCGCUUUGUCACCAGCAUCGGCGUCGGGUUUUCGCUCGUCGUCGCGCCGGUGUACAACGCCGAGAUCUCGCCGGCGUCCGCCCGCGGCGUCCUGUCCUCCCUCCUCGAUAUGUUCGUCAACAUCGGCAUCCUGCUCAGCUACGUGUCGAACUACGCACUGGCCGGCUUGCCGGUGCACGUCGGCUGGCGCGUCAUGUACGGCAUCGGCGUGCUCCCGCCGGUGUUCCUCGCCGCAGGUGUGCUCGCCAUGCCGGAGUCGCCGCGCUGGCUGGCCAUGCGCGGGCGCUAUGCCGACGCGCGUGCGGUGCUCGUGCGCACCUCGGAUACCGUCGCGGAGGCCGAGCUCCGCCUCGAGGAGAUCAAGCAGGCCGUCGAGGCGCCGCAGGAGGAGGCCGGCGUCGGCGUGUGGCAGGAGCUCCUCCUCCGGCCGUCGGCGAUGGUCCGGCGCAUCGUCACCUGCGUGGUGGGGCUGCCCUUCUUCCAGCAGGCGUCCGGCAUCGACGCCAUCGUGCUCUACAGCCCGCUAGUGUUCAAGAAAGCCGGGAUGGCGUCGAACAGCGCCGUCCUGGGCGCCACCGUCGCCGUCGGGCUCGUCAAGACGUGCUUCAUCCUCGUCGCCACGCUCUUCUCCGACCGCCUCGGCCGCCGCCCGCUCUUGCUCGCCAGCACCGGCGGCGUGGCCGUGACGCUGACCUCGCUCGCCCUCACGCUCUGCACCACGCCGCCGUCGGCCGCGAGCGCCGCCGCGUGCGUCGCGUCCGUGAUGGCGUUCGUCGCGGCGUUCUCCGUCGGGCUCGGGCCAAUGACGGGGACCUACGCUGCGGAGAUCAUGCCGCUGCGGCUGCGCGCGCAGGGGACGAGCCUGGGCAUGGCCGUGAACCGGCUGACGUGCGGAGUGGUGAGCAUGACGUUUAUAUCGCUCGCCGACGGGAUCACCAUGCCCGGAUGUUUCUUCCUGUACGCCGGCGUGGCGGCCGCCGCAUGCGUGUUCGUCUACGUGCGGCUGCCGGAGACGAGGGGCCGGAGCUUGGAGGACAUGGACGUGCUCUUCGCCAAGUGAUCGACGCCUUACUUAGAUUUGAUGGAAGAGUCUCAAAGAAUGAAUUUUUUAGCACAAGAGCAUAGGUCCAUGUCUAUCAAGAAUGAUUUUUUUUUUAACUUUCAUUUUCUCUCAUCUUGGAAGAUAUAUGAUGUUGUAGCAUUUGGCAUCCAAUGGGACUUCCCCACCCAUGGUAAGCAACAACAGGGACAAUGGUGACAGAGUGACAGAUGGGUCUUGAUCUUUUUGGAUGUACUUUUUCUUGAUGUGUUCUAAAUGUUUUGAUCUGAGGGUAUACUUCCCGUUUAGU